UCUCUUAUCUUUCUUUCAUUGUGCUUUCGUCUUCCCUACUGUGUUGUUUCAUCCUAUCUUCUUUUCAGAUUGAUUUAAGUAUACUUGCUAGAGUAGUUGAAAUGGAAGCAAACAUUCAUUUGCUCCUUUCAUUAUUACCAACAUCAUAACAUGACUUCCAUAAAAGUGUUUAACCACCUUAAAAUUCCCCUUGAUGAUAUUAAGUUGGCAACCAACAACUUCAAUGAAACAAACUACAUUAGUAGAGGCGGAUUCGGGAAGGUUUACAAAGGAGAACUUGUGCAUAGUGGAAAAUUGGUUAUGGUUGCUAUCAAGCGCUUGAAUCCGGCUCAUGGACAAGGUACACCAGAGUUUUGGAAAGAGAUCAUGAUGCUUUCACGAUAUAAACACAAAAAUCUUGUCUCACUCUUAGGCUUUUGUGAUGAGGGAAGUGAGAAAAUACUUGUGUACGAGUAUUUAUCCAACAAAAGCCUUGACAUGUAUCUGAGUGACACUAAUCUCUCGUGGAUUCAGCGUCUUAAAAUAUGCAUUGGGGCAGCUCGCGGUCUAGAAUAUCUUCACAAUCCUCAUGGGACCAUGCAACGAGUGUUACACCGUGAUAUUAAGAGUUCCAACAUAUUGUUGGAUGAGAAAUGGAACGCCAAGAUUUCAGAUUUCGGAUUAUCUAAAUUUGGUCCUGCUAACCAAGAGCAUACAUUUCUUCUCUCUAAUACAGCAGGAACACUCGGAUAUAUUGAUCCACUUUACAUGGAAAUGGGGUUCUUGACAAAAGAAUCAGAUAUCUACUCUUUUGGGGUAGUGUUAUUUGAAGUCUUGUGUGGAAGGUCGGGCUUUAUCAUGAAUUACGAUGAUAGACGAACAUUUCUUUGUAAUUUGGCGAAAAACUGCUAUGAAGAAAAGAAAAUAAGUACAAUUGUACCUGAUUUUCUACGGGAGCAAAUAGUACCAAAUUGUUUACAUACCUACGCCAACAUCGCGUAUCAAUGUCUGCGAAAAAAUCGUAACGAACGUCCAUCAGGAGCCUACAUCAUAAGACAACUUGAAAAUGCACUUCAGUAUCAAGUCAAGCCCUCAUCAAUAGUAAAGUAUCCUUCACUCUAUGGGAAUGAGUACAAUCUAAAGAAUGGCCGGGCAAUUGUUCGGACAGCCACUCAUGCUCCAGCCCCAGCUCGUUCUCAGGCUGUAUUUGGAGCAAACUCGCUUAGACCUCGAACAAAAACAACUUUCCAGUAUUUUGAUACCGACCAGAAACAACACAAUGUAAUAGAGGUUAUCAAGAUUCAACGUGCAUAUCGGUGCUACCGAAAAAGAAAACAAAUGGCAGCAGCGGCUCUCAUACAGUAUAUUUUUCGUAAAUGGAAAGCAAGAAUCGAUUAUAAGAAAAAACGUCAAGAAGUAAUCGACGUAAAUUCAUCCCAUCACCACGUUCGCACACAAUACGCUAAGAUAGAAGUUGCCGACAUGAAGAGACCUGUUGCAAAUAUGGUGAACAACGAACUUAGAAGAAGGCAUAUUUGUCAUCCGAAGUUGCUAACAUGCAUGUAGAGACCAAUCAUAAGCCGAAACAAUAUCACCCAUAAUUUCAAUCAGAAGAAAAACAACUUGUUGCUUAUUGCAGGCGUGGUUGCAUUUAAUUUGCGGUGGGUCUAGCUUGAUAACAAAGUUGCACCCAUUUUAGCCUUUCUUGUUUUUGAGUAAACUGCCAUUUUGGUGCAUGAGGUUUGGUCACUUUUUCCGCUUUAAUUCAAAACUCAAACCUUUUGAAUCUAAGUCACUGUGGUUUUAGUUUUGUUGCCAUUUUCAUCCAAAUGUAAAAUCAGCUCAAAUUUAUCAAAUAAAAUCCUGGUUUUUGUCCU